AUGAAGGCAGGUGCAGCAGGCCUCUCUCUGGCAAACGUACUCUUUGCCGCGGCAAACUACGUGGAUGUCGUCGGCUUCAUGCCGGUUGUCUGGCGCCUGUACCAGGCCGAAAACGCCUUGGACGACUUCGCUGUUGGAACCAUGGUGUCCCUGGAAGCAAAGCAGCAGGUGCGCGUGUUCUUCGGCUUCGUGUGCACGUUCUACCUUUGGGACGACGUACUUGAGCCCAUCUCAAGCAUGAUGGACGAGCCGGUUGGCAUGAUGGCACAUGCCGCUCACUUCAUUAUGCUGAUCGACUUCGCUGGUUUUUUCCUCUUCCAGGUGAACAAUCCCACGACGACGAAGGAAAGGGGCGAGCAACUGCAAGGGCUGCUCGACGAGGAUGCCCAGGAUGACCCCUGA